AUGACCAGCGUACACACGGCCGCGGAGCAGUCAGGUGCCCCCGCCAUGUCCUCCCCGGCAGCGAUCACAAAAUCCCGCAGCUUCACCUCACCAAACUCAGUGAAGGGUACUAAGGCGUCUUUGCUCCGCCGUUUGGCCCGUCCGGCCGUUCUGUUACCUGUUGGCGUUCCUCUUGGUCUCUACAACUUCGCCAAACUCAACCCUGACGCGGCAACAGCCUACUACAAGCGCGCCUUCGCCUGGGCCUGCGCCAGAACCAUGGACUUCAGCGAGAAGAAGCUAACAGAACUCAAGCAGGAGGUCUUUGUCGGUCUUAGGGAACAGGACACGGGUGCUUUACAAGUUUUGGAGAUCGGGGUUGGAGGUGGAAACAACUUUAGAUACUACCCUCCUGGAACCUCCGUCGUCGCCGUGGACCCAAACCCUCACUUUGACCAGUAUCUUAAAGAAAACUCGGACAAGUACCCGGAUGUCAAGGUGACGAAGUUCAUAGUCGCGGGGGCAGAAGACAUGUCUGCGGUGGCGGAGGGAUCUGUGGACGCUGUGGUGUGUACUUUGGUCCUGUGCUCCGUCCAAGACAUGGACGCCUCAAUCCGAGAGGUCAAGAGAGUUCUCAAACCGCUGACCGAGAUCUUAUCCAGUUUGCUUACAGAUCUGCGUUUCAAGGGUACCAACAAAAGCGAGAAGAAGCUAACAGAACUCAAGCAGGAGGUCUUUGUCGGUCUUAGGGAACAGGACACGGGUGCUUUACAAGUUUUGGAGAUCGGGGUUGGAGGUGGAAGCAACUUUAGAUACUACCCUCCUGGAACCUCCGUCAUCGCCGUGGACCCAAACCCUCACUUUGACCAGUAUCUUAAAGAAAACUCGGACAAGUACCCGGAUGUCAAGGUGACGAAGUUCAUAGUCGCGGGGGCAGAAGACAUGUCUGCGGUGGCGGAGGGAUCUGUGGACGCUGUGGUGUGUACUUUGGUCCUGUGCUCCGUCCAAGACAUGGACGCCUCAAUCCGAGAGGUCAACAGAGUUCUCAAACCGUGCCUGAACGGUCAUCAAUGGCCGGGAGCCCGGAGCCCCAGGGGCUCCACUCCCGGCCAACUUCGCGCUCAGAAGGGAACGCUACCGCUCGUCAUCGUGGCUUCUGCGUGCGUUCACGUUUCCGGUGGAAAGUUCUACUACCUGGAGCACGUCCGGCACCCGAGCGAGUCGCGGGCACAGUUUGUACAGGACCUCCUCACGCCCGUGUUCCGGGUUCUGUCCGACGGCUGCCACGUCAACAGGGAGACCUGGAAACACCUGGACGGUGCCGGGUUCACAGAGGUCAAGUACAGGAUAGAGGGGAACCUCAGGCCCAAGUUCAUGACUCAGAUUCUGUACGGCACGGCUACCAAAUAG